AACUACCCUCGAGGGCGGACAAGAAGGCGUAAGGCUGCAGCUGAGCGCCACUGAGCAUCGACAUGACGCAGCCAACCCACAGAAUGAAUCCCACAAUUCGUUUCAGCCAUAUUGAUGAAGCUGUAUGGCUACGUCGAUCACACAUCUCAGCUGCAAAACCCGUACCUUCAACAAUGGGACUAUUCAGGAGCAGUCCAGUCGAGGCCCGGCCCAAUGAAUACUGUACGCGCUACCCGCACUCCACAGAUUGCAAGAGCUCCAACUCGCCCGAACAUUGUGCCGCCGCAAAGAGUUGUUCAGCAUAUGCAAUUCCAACCGAGUUUGGAACACCUCAUGAUCCCGGAAUCACGGCCAUAUUCUGCUGCUCGUAUUGUAGACCCAAUCGUGGAUCCUAUUACUCGACUCUAUGGCAACGAUGCGCCGUGGAACCUUUACCAGAUGAGAUAUUCUGACGUUAACGAUAGCCAAAAUGCUGUCCAAUAUACACAAAAAGACAUCAGCCAGUACCGCCAAAGACCUUGCUCGGAUAUUGAUAAUGUGUCUGACUCUGGUUACCACACGCAGCCCCCGCGCUCGGUUCUCAGCAACGAGCCUGGUCAUGGUGGACAGGAAUUAUCUCCAGAUCUUAUGAUCCAAGCGAGCAGAAUGAAUGUCAAUGGCGCACCCAACGCGUCGCAAACUAUGGUGCGCACGACUUCAGAUCAAUUAUCUGUAUCACAACACAGUAGUCGAAGUGGCGGCCGCCAGAAAAAAUAUUACUGCCCUGAACUGAACUGUAACACGGAGUCCAAGUGCGCAUCUGAUCACAAGAGGCAUAUGCUGAGGCACGAGAAGAGUUUCAUCUGCACUGAGUUCGAGUGCAAGAGGGCUGGCAAAGGUUUCUCGACCAUCAACGACCUCGACCGCCACAAGAAAAGUGUACAUAAGAUUGGCGUCGAAAAAUCAAAGUCAUACCAAUGUGCAGCCACAGGUUGCACUCACCGAACCAAAAUAUGGCCGCGUCUCGAUAACUUCAAACAGCAUCUUGAACGGAUGCAUAGAAAGGAAAAUAUUUUGGAACUCAUUAAAAGUUCGGAAUAUCAACCGCAGGAGCCGGCCUCGAUACAACAGCCGUUCUCUGUCGAUCCAGCGCUGCUUGCAGGUAUGGGCGAUCCGAACGACAGCCUAUCCCCAAUGGGCGGUCAGGCUUUCUCCUACCAUUCAUCGGUAUCAUUUCCAACAGGAUCUUUCUCGAGUAGUUCUCAGAUCUCUCCAAUCGUAGCUUCGGUGGAUACGUCCUUCUCACAACGGAAAGUGCCUUCCUCCACUCUCGGCAAUAGCACGUCGCCUGCGGAUAAUCGCCGCUUAACAUCGUCAGAUCACACAUCAACCGCUUCGCAGAAACGUCGAAGACUGUCCAAGAGUCCGCCCACAAAAACAACCUCUGCCUCACAAGUCAUGCCUUGUUCUACAGAUAAUCAAAUCACGGGACUGGUACCUACAUUGUCGAAUGGGCCCCAGACCAAGGUUGAGCAACAGCGUCAGGUCCUUGAUAAGUUAAAGGCCAACAUCAACAUCGAAGACAUCUUGACGCACGUUCUUGGAACCCAGCAACAACAAGACAACAGCCAGCGCAAUGCGUCGUCCAUUCUCUCUGCUGAUGAAAGGGCGCUUGCCUCGCAAGCAAUAGCAGAUCUUUUAGCGGAGGGCCGCAAGUCUAGGCGUUCCCAGCAACGUCGUUCAACCCUUGGAUCUAAUUCGAGUCUGCAGUCCUGUGGUGUCAAUGGUUGCAAGUUCUCCGGUCGCCCAUGCGACUUGAAGAAGCACAUGAAGAGACAUCAGAGACCCUACGGAUGCACGUACCCCAAGUGUCACAAACGAUUUGGAGCAAAGUCAGACUGGAAACGUCAUGAGAACUCGCAGCACUUCCAGCUGGAAGCCUUCCGCUGCGAUGUUCUUGUGAAUGCGGGUAAGAAGUGCGGGAAUCACUCUCACCGCUCAAAACAAUUCCAAGAACACCUGGCAAAGGAGCACAACGUCACUUCAGACUCGCAGCUCGAGACAAGCAUGAAGCGCUGCAGAAUAGGCAAGAAUUGCCAGGGCCAGUAUUGGUGCGGCUUUUGCUGCGAGAUUAUGAUUCUCAAAAGCAAGCGUAACGAGGCCUGGGACGAACGAUUCAACCACAUUGCGCACCACUUCGAGCAGGAGAAGAGGUCAAUCGAUGAUUGGCUCUGUGUGGAGCAGGACAAGACGAAGAAGCUGCUGCGAGAGGAGGAGGCGACCCGCUAUGCAUUCACAGACGAGGCGGACGCAGGUGCAGAUACUGGUACGAAUGACAGCGACAACGAGCUGUCUCCAAACCCCGAGGACUGGUCAUUGGUGAGCGCCGAAACGUACCAGACGCCAGCACAGCAUGGCUCCAACGACCGAAAUGCCCCAGCAGCGGAGCGAACUCCAACCAUUCUGUGGAAUUGCUGUCAAUGUCAAGGCGGCCCAGUCACCCACUCGGUCCAACCUAGCUGUCCGGAAUGCCCGCAUCGCUUUUGCGACAGCUGUAGUCGUUUCUAUGCUGAUGACAGCGAGUUGGAUUAUACCCGUCAUUGAUUGACGUCCUGAUGUUCAGUUACGUACCGCAUUUCAGAUAUAUGUUGUUUUGCAGUAACUAAACUUCUAUCAGCGAAGGUACAGCCGUUUUUUCAAGGAGAUCUGCUUAGC